AUGGCGACCGAGGCGAAGCUUUUCGGCCGCUGGUCGUACGACGAUGUGAACGUCAGUGAUCUUUCCCUCGUCGACUACAUCGCGGUCAAGGAUAAGGCCUGCGUCUUCGUGCCUCACACUUCCGGCCGCUACCAGAAGAAGAGGUUCCGCAAGGCCAUGUGCCCCAUUGUUGAGCGCCUCGUCAACUCCAUGAUGAUGCACGGCCGCAACAACGGAAAGAAAACCCUCUGCGUCCGUAUCGUCCGUCAUGCCUUCGAAAUCAUCCACCUCAUGACAGACAAGAACCCCAUCCAGGUCUUCGUCAACGCUGUGGAGAACGGCGGCCCCCGCGAAGACAGCACGCGUAUCGGAUCCGCUGGUGUUGUCAGACGUCAGGCUGUUGAUGUGUCUCCCCUCCGCAGAGUCAACCAGGCCAUCUACCUCAUCUGCACCGGCGCAAGACUGGCGGCCUUCCGUAACAUCAAGACCAUUUCUGAGUGCCUGGCAGACGAGAUCAUGAACUGCGCCAAGGAGUCUUCCAAUGCCUACGCCAUCAAGAAGAAGGACGAAAUCGAGCGUGUGGCGAAGGCUAACCGAUAA